UCCCCUCCUGACCAAACGCCUGGGCGCGUGCUGCUGGGCGCUUCCAGCCGCUGUUCCUCGGCUGUCGGCCGCUCGUCCUGGCAGGGCGACCCAGACCAAUCAUGGCGGCCGACGAAGCCGACAUUGCUGCACACCGCCACCUACUCGAGCAGCUGAUCCUCUCACUUGGCUCGCCGCAAUCGGUCUUCUCUUCCUCUGCUGCCCCGCAGCCGGACACCUUGAUCCGGGCAGAGGGACACUUUUGCCGGAUCUUAAACCAAGAGAUUGCCCGCGGCCGAGGCCUACUCCUCCGGCUGCAGGAGUAUUUCCUUCCUGGCUCCGCCGGAUGGAGCAUCCCUCCUCUGCCCGGCGCCGGCGGUCUCUCUUCGGACUUGGAUGCACCAAUCGAGCCGAGUGCCGUUGUCCCGGCCACCCUGAAGCCCUUCCUCUCGGUGGCCGCCGCCGCCGCCGCCUCCGCCGCCGCCGAGAACUCGCCCCUCCAUGCUUGGGUCCAGCGUCUGCAUCAGCAGCAGCCACUCUCGCCGCUGUCCUGCUGGCUGCUGGGCUUUGACCGGCAACGCUGCCCCGACACGGAGGGCCUUGCCCCCCGGGAGGAAGGCCUUGAGGGCUUGACCUGUCGGCACUGCGGGGCGCUGGCGGUGGUUCCGUCAGUUCGCCCGGCGAGCGAUACCCGCAUGGCCGACAUCUUGGCAUCCACCCGGUGCCAGUUGCGCGUGCGCAGUCGACACGUCGAUCGCCUGCGCCAAGUCCACCUUUCUACCUGCCCGAGCCGGGAGCACUCGGCCGACCUUCAGGGCGUGGAGGAUCUCGUUUCGUUGCUUUUCUUCGUCAGCGCUCUGUUCUGGCGCGUGGCCGAGGGCAGGGCAUGCCUCGCCUCCCCGACUCGGCGGCCGGCAUCAUCGGACUUUGGCUGGAUCGCCACGCGCGGCCUGCCGGGGCUUCUGUCGUCGGCCGCCGACCGGCGCCCACCCAUCUGUGACGACCCUCAGGCAACGCGCCUCUCGGAUUACCUGGGGCUUCAUAUGUCCCGCCAGCCAAGCGCAUGCCUUGGAUCUGACGGCGAUGACAUGCCGCCGCCGGUGCAUAGCCAGACGUUUCUGUGUGUCUUGUGCUGCCAGGUUCGCGGGAAGUGGCUCUUUUCCGGUCGGUCCAUCCCCCCGGCUGCCAGAUCGGCCGCUGGUGGGGAGGACCACACGAAGGGGACUUCGGAGCCGCAGCGUCUUUUUGAUUCGCAUCUCCGCCCGGCUUCGGGUGUGGAACGUGUCGGGCAAUUGGCCAUCCAAGCUCGCCUGGCCCGCAUCGACGAUGACCCUGCUGCGACGAAGCCAGCCCGGCCCGUGGAUCAUGGCCCCUGGCUGCCCUUCGGUUGGGCUGUGCCCGAACGCGAUGCCACCUCCUCCCUGCCCGGCAUUCUGCCCUUCGACACGGACAGCAUCCUUUAUGGCGGUAGCCGCAACACUGGAAAGGUCACCGCUGGCAAAGCCACCACUGUGGCCCUGCCGUCCAGGCGCCAGCGGCAAAGUUUAACUCGCUACCGACAGGCAGCCCUCAGCCUCCCCGAUUUCGACCCGGUGUUCAGCCAUGCCCCCGGGUGCCCGCUGAGACUUCCGGCCCUACACACGUUUGCGGCUUUGUCUGCCGAUGUGGUUGUCGAUGCUCGGAUUGAUCGGUCCGCCCUGCCCCUCGGCGAGGGUGGCUUGCUUCUCCGGGAUCUGACUUUCCAGCCAGCUGAAGCCACGGGGGAACUCCCAGCCAAUGAGCUCCUGACCCUGGUGUCGGAAAUGCAAACCGCCCGCACGGGUGGCGGGGUGUGACUGGCUCUCGGUCGAAAGGGGGAAACCCGAAGAAUGGACAGCCCUCUGUUGC